ACUUGGCCAGCCCCGAACUAUAUAGAUCCAAUCACAAAAGGCGAUGGAAUUGCUAUAACGAGUGUGGUGUUUGCUGUUGCUGCGUCUUUCACAGUCAUCGUUCGACUUUACACCCGGUUCUGGAUAACAUCUAUAUUCGGCUUGGACGAUGUGUUUAUCGUUAUUGCUGCUAUUUCGGGGGUGCUAAUGAUGGCAGCAGCGGCCGUGAUAUCGGCGGACUGUCACUGGAAUCGACAUAUCUGGGACAUCCCUUUAUACUUGAUAAAGAGAGGGUUUUUAUGGGUCUUCAUCAUGGAAAUUAGCUUCACAGUGUCAACCAUUACCACUAAGCUUUCCUUGCUCUGGUUCUGCAGACGUCUCUUGGUCAAGGACGCCAUCAACUUCUUUAGCCGUAAAACGAUGGUAUUGGAUAUGUGUAUUAUCCUUCUGGCCGCAUGCGGUAUUAGCUUUUUGGUCGCCGAGUUGGUGCAGUGUCGACCAUUGAAAGCAUAUUGGGAUAUUUUCGCCACAUAUCCUUAUACUUGUUUCGACACACGAAAACUUUUCGAGUUUGCGUGCAUUUUGAACUCUGUAACAGAUGUCUGCGCAACCAUAGCCCCGAUAACACUAAUAUGGCAGAUCAAGUUGCCAAGACAACAGAAGAUCAUGGUUUCCUCGAUUUUUGGAUUGGGAAUCUUAGUUGGCAUCUCCGGCGUUCUUCGUGCCUAUUAUGUCUACAAGACAUACGCGGCGCCUCAGUAUGAUUUCACCUGGGUUGGCUAUUCCUAUAUCCUCAUUGGAUCAAUAGAAAUUGGAUUGGGAUUGAUUGUUGCAUCUGCUCCUGCUCUACGGCCUUUCCUCAACCACAUGCUUCCGCGCAUU